AUGACGGCGGUCGCAGUACAUCGUAAUGCGGAUCCUGCGCGCCAGCAACACCACAAUUCGACCGCCGCUACACUCGUCUCCUCCGGGCCCUCUGCGUCGCACCAGCAGCCACGAAAGGCUUCCCAACCGCCCACCCCCCACACAUCCUCCAGACCCGCACGCGACGGUGCCGCGCCAGCUGCCGUGAGCGCAAACGGGAGCUCUGCUGCCAUGCCGCCCAGCGCUGUGUCCAACGGCGUGCUACCGCUCAGAGCCUCGGCCAUGGCGAACGGCAGUGGCAGUGGCAGUGGCAACGGCCACUCCGACCGUGUCACGGAUGGCGACGAGGAGCUCUCCGGCGCUGACCGCCGCCCCUCGACCGCUCCCGGCAACAAGCAGCACCCGCAACUCACCCGCCUUCAAUCCUUCGACGACUCCGAUCGAGAGCAGAUCAAGCGGCGACCCAAGCCGCCGUUGCUGCGCUCCAAGAGCGAGCACAUCAUGCGCUUUGAAGAGCCUGAGCAUACAGAUGACGAGGUUUACGACGACUGGAGUGCGCGUCACGGCUUCGAGGACCAUUACCAGUCCGAAGACAUCAUUUCCCAGUUGGCCAACAACUGGUACAUGUACUAUACAGACAAGCGCCACGAGACGACCGGCCAGCCCAAAGCCCCCCUUUACGAAAUCGAGGACUGGCGGAUGAGAGAUCGACUGAAGACGGUCUCAGCAGCACUAGCAGUGUGCUUAAAUAUCGGCGUCGAGCCUCCCGACCAACUCAAGACUAAUCCAGGCGCAAAGCUUGAGGCUUGGACAGAUCCUUUCGGGCCCAAAGCACUGGAAGUCAUCGGCAAAUCCCUGCAGGUGCAGUAUGAGAACAUCUCGCUGCGUACUAGGUAUAAGCAGUACUUGGAUCCCUCCGUCGAAGAGACGAAGAAGUUCUGCAUGUCCCUGAGACGAAAUGCGAAAGAUGAAAGGGUACUGCUCCAUUACAACGGCCACGGCGUCCCAAAACCCACUGCGUCUGGUGAAAUCUGGGUGUUUAAUAAGAACUUCACCCAGUAUAUCCCCAUCUCGCUCUACGAUCUGCAACAUUGGUUACAGGCCCCGACGAUAUUCGUCUGGGAUUGCUCUGAGGCUGGCAAUAUUAUCAACAAUUACCAUAGAUUCGUUGACAAGCAUGAGGAUGAGGAGGCAUCACAGGCAGCGGCGGAUCCCAAUUACGAAAAGACCAAGUACCGCUCGUACCUUCAUCUGGCAGCCUGUGCGGUGAAAGAGAAUCUCCCGACAAACCCCAAUCUGCCUGCGGAUCUGUUCACCGCCUGCCUCACCACACCCAUGGAGAUGUCACUGUGGUUCUUCGUCUUGCAGAACCCUUUGAAGACCAGUCUCACCCCCGAGAGAGCCAAGAAGCUACCUGGCCGACUUCAAGAGAGAAGGACACCGCUUGGCGAGCUCAACUGGAUCUUCACUGCCAUCACCGACACCAUUGCGUGGACGUCGCUACCGCGGCAGCUCUUCAGAAAAUUCUUCAGGCAAGAUCUCAUGGUUGCCGCCCUCUUCCGCAACUUCAUUCUUGCACAGAGAAUCAUGAUCGUCUAUGGCUGCCAUCCCCAGUCCUACCCAGCGCUGCCAGACACUCACCAGCAUCCAUUGUGGGAGAGUUGGGAUCUCGCGGUAGACCUAGCUCUGGCUCAACUACCGAUGCUCGAGAAGAAAGAAAACGAGGGCAUCGAUUAUGAGUAUCAAAGUUCGACAUUCUUCACUGAGCAAUUAACGGCAUUCGAAGUCUACCUUGCACGGGGCGACGCCAACCUCCAGAAACCGCCGGAUCAACUGCCUGUCGUGCUUCAAGUCUUAUUAAGUCAGCAGCAUAGAGUCAGGGCCCUCAUCCUCCUUGGUAGAUUCUUGGACUUGGGACCGUGGGCUGUCCAGCUUGCUCUCAGCAUUGGGAUCUUUCCUUACGUGCUCAAGCUUCUACAGUCUGCGGCUGCUGAGCUCAAGCCUGUCAUGGUAUUCAUAUGGACCCGAAUCCUGGCCGUCGACAUCUCCUGUCAACCUGAUCUAAUUAAGGAUAGUGGGUACAACUACUUCGCUCAGAUCCUGCGGCCAACUGAGACGCUUCCUGUUGCCAACAGCGAUGAGCACAAGGCAAUGUGUGCCUUCGUUCUUUCAAUGCUGUGUAAAGGAUAUAAGUCUGGUCAGGUUGUGUGCAACCAGGUUGAUAUCAUGUCUUCAUGCCUGGUCCAUCUUAGAAACGAAGAUAAUGUCCUUUUGCGACAAUGGGCUUGCUUGUGCAUCAGUCAAUUAUGGCAAGACUUACCCGAGGCGAAGUGGAGAGGCAUCAGAGAGAACGCCCCCCUCAAACUAGCAUCUCUGGCCAAAGAUCCAUGCUGUGAGGUGCGCGCAGCAGUCGUUCAUGCUUUGACUACUUUCUUAGGAAUCCCCGACCUCACCGACGAGGUUGCUCGGAUCGAGGAAUCAGUAGCUUGGACGCUGCUCGACAUGGCAAACGACGGUAGUCCGCUUGUGCGCAAGGAGUUACUUGUCUUCCUGUCGCAGUUUGUGCUACGUUAUGAGAGCAAGUUCCUAGUGACUGCGUUCGAGCAGCUCGCAGAAGAGAAAGAAUACCUAAUUCACCCCCCGCAUGACGACGGGUCAGACCAAAAGAUGGGCUUACAUUAUGUUCAGCCUGAGAGUCGCAACCCCGAUGGCACAGUCAAGGCGACAGCUCAAGGAUUAUCGCACAACACCGUAUUUGCGGCUUGUUGGAAGCAUGUCUUGAUCCUGACGGUGGAUCCUCAUCCUGAGGUGCAAAGAGAUGCCACACUGGUUGUUGACUAUGUUCACAACGCACUAUUGACCUCACCCACGGGCAUCCAUGCUCAUGGACUUAUGGAAGAAAUCACGCGACGCACGAGAAAGACUAGAGGUCACAAAAAACAGGUCUCAAUGUCACGUAACAGCAUGAUCGGACCUGCCGCUGCAGCCUCUACAGCUCCAGAGCCUUCCCCAGGUCUGCUCAAACGGACGGCAAGUCUUCUCUUCCAAAUACCCAGCACCAUCUGGAGCACAGAGUCAAAUCCCGGGACGCCUUUGCCCUCACCAGGACUCACUCGCACUGGUUCACAGAGGGUCAAAUCGGCAGCGGAUUGGGCCGCUCCACCUGAGCAGAACGAUCUUGCUGCAGCUCCCUCGCAUUACCAUGUCGUUGAUGAGCCUGUCUCUGGCGAAUUCAAGGAGCGAAACUAUGAAAAACUGCCCUCAUUACCACUGAGGAGCACAUUCCUUGAUUGGUCGGUGGAGUAUUUCCGUGAGCCCCAGAUGAAGCCAACCGAGUCAGAAGAACCUGGAAGUACAGAGUACAACGAGCGUCUUUGGAGGAGAUCACGGAACGAGAAUAUUUUGCGAGAGACUCAGCCACAGAAGCAUUACGCUGGCACUCAUAGGUGGACAAACCAGCUUUGCAUCAUGAACAAUGGCGCUCAACCGUCCAAGAUGACUUUCCACCAAUUCGAGGACCAUCUUGCGGUUGCAGACGACGGCAAUACCGUCAAUAUUUGGGACUGGAAGAAACAGCAUCGUAUAGGUCGUUUCUCCAACGGGAACCCACCAGGCUCGAACAUCUGCGACAUGAAGUUCAUCAACGAGGAUGAUAAUGCAUUCCUGAUGACCGGAUCUUCCGAUGGUGUGCUGCGUGUCUACCGCAACUACGAAUUCGAAAAGUCCACCGAGCUCGCAGCUGCUUGGAGAGCACUGACACAUAUGGUACCGAGUAAUGUAAACUCUGGAAUGGUGUUCGACUGGCAGCAGGUCACUGGCAAGGUCCUUGUGGCUGGAGACGUACGAGUUAUCCGGGUCUGGGCCGCAGCCUAUGAAACCUGUAUCAUGGAUAUUCCUGCCCGUUCCGGCUCCUGUGUGACGUCGCUCACAUCGGAUCAAAUGACUGGUAAUGUCUUUGUCGCUGGAUUUGGUGACGGCGCAGUCAGGUGCUUUGACACCCGACUGAGACCUCAGGAGUCUAUGGUCAAGAAGUGGAAGGACGAUUCUGACCGUCAGUGGAUCAAGAGCGUCCACAUGCAGCGAGGCGGCCAGCGUGAACUGGUAUCAGCCAGCCGAAACGGCAAGGUCAAGCUCUGGGACAUUCGAAUGGAUAGCCCUUUGAAAGUGAUCCAGACAACUCGAGAUGGGCUUCGGACAGCUAGUACUCAUGAACACUUGCCUGUCUUCUCUGUUGGUACUUCGGCCCAUACGGUCAAGGUUUUCAACUUCGAUGGCCGCGAGCUCUCGCGCAUGGAGCCAUACUCCAGCUUCUUGCAGCAGAAUCGCGGCGCACCAAUCUCCAGCACAUCCUUCCACCCUCAUCGUAUGAUCCUUGGGUGUGCUGCCCGUGGGGAUCAUCAUAUCAACCUCUUCACGUGUGCUCAGGAAAAGCCUGAGGCAUACCUCAACUCCCUCUAA